AUGAGCGGUAAGCCAAGCACACCGGUAACGUCUCCGAAGAUUCCAAAGACGGUGAAAGUAAAUCCACCAUCAACUCCACCAUCGUCAUCAAAAAACAAACAUAAGCGAUUAUCAACUAGUUUAUUGAAAACACCGGAACAAGACGAAGAACAUCUCCCGUUUUCACCGUCUUUGAAAAGGACGAGCUCGGGAACGUACAAGUCUCCCGACUACAAGUUAAACUCGCACAAUAUUCAAUCUCCCUAUACGACGUCAAGUUUGUUAAAGACACCGAGACACUUGGGGUAUGAAUCAGAUGAAAACGAAGGGUACAAGUUGAAGUUACAAAAAACUCCCCAGUAUUUUUCGCCUGGAAAGAAGUUAUUUAAUGAAGAGUCUAAAGAGGCUGGAGAUUUAGGAGAAAUUAGCACGCAGUUGAAGAAUAAUUUGAGUUCAGCUUUGGGAAAAUUGCAACGGAAGAAUGAACAAAGAGGCAAAUUCAAGUUUACUGAACUUACCUUUGACUCUGAUGUAUCUCCGAAGAAAAAGUUAAAAAAUGAUAGUUCUGAUUUGUCUCCUAGCAAGAGAACGAACCUAAACUUGCAAACAUUGCAACAAUCUCCAAUCCCCAAGGGAAGCUCAAGCUCACCAACUGUUAAUCACCAUCCAACUUUUGGUGAUUCGGAAUCCCAAUCACCAGCUAGAUUCUUAAAUGAAAAUGAAAGUUUGAUAAAUGUUCCAUCACCAAAUGAUAACGAUGAUUCGAGUGCCCAUAAUGCGCUUAUGGCUGCACUAUCCAGGCAGAGAAGGAAAUCUCGAUCAUCUAUGUCAAGUCCAACCCGACCGCGACUAAUUAAUGCUACCAAUCACGAAUUCAAUAACAAUAACAACUCACGCAACGCUAAUGAAAAAAUGAAACUCCCACCUUUAAACAUGGCCCUCGGCUCCAAUACUGACCUGAUUGCACAUGACGAUAAUGCUAAUAAUGAGGGAAAAGAUGAAAAUAACGAAAAAGAUGCUGUCUUGUCUCUAAUGUCUCUUUCAUCUCCUCAAUCCGUUAGCUUUAGUCAUAGCAGGACUCAUAGCAGAACUCAUAGCAGAAACCAAAGUCUAAACUUGGGAUCUCCAAGUAAAUCUGCUACCGCUCUAGGUCCCAGCCCCACUGGGUCUCAGUUGCCUCCUAUAAGUGGCUUAAUCAAUAAAAACUAUGGUAACGAAGCCGAUAAUGAUGCUACGGAUAUCGAUGACGACGUCACUGACGAAGAUUUGGACAAUAACUAA